AUGUUAAUGAGAAAUCAGAAGGUAAAUGAAGAUUCAACACUUCACAUGUCUGCUGACAUCCAUAAUUUAAUUCCUUGUGGUGAUGUGGCAGGCUUGCUGGCAAUUAAUGUGAAACAGUGCAAAGAUUUUACCUCCAAAUUCAAUGUUAAACGUGACACCUACUUAUUGAUUCGUAUUAGUAUUGAUAAAAUCAUGAAAUGCACAAAUCCCCAAUUGUACAGAGCACACUUCAGGACCAGAAAGAUGAAUACAAUCUAUUUCGGAGAUGUAAGAUAUUUUUCUGUAAAGGUUCCAAAACAGAAAAGUGAUCCUAGGAACAGGAUCGUUUUAGAGUUGGUGGGCUUUGAAGGUCCAAAAGACUUUCCAAGGCUGUUUGGGAAUGUAACUAUGCACCUUUAUGAAGUUAUUCAGAAGCAGUCCUUCAUUGAAACAUGUCCUAUGAGGAUUAGAAACAUGAUUUUCUGCACAGCAGAGGUGCAAUUUAUGUUCUGUUAUGGAUGUCUUGGAUAUGGAUAUUCACAUCAGUUGAAACUGCCAGGAGCAGAUCCUGCCCAGGCUGUGGCAUAUUCCAUGUUUCUACGGGUUCCACCACCAGAAGAUAGAAAAGAUUAUUCAAGCAAUGUCAUCAAACCACGACACAUGGAUUACCCCGCUUUCUUAUCCCCAGAUCUGAAGGUCACAGUUGGAAGCUCUGAAUUGGAAAUUCCUAGAGAAAGUGCAGAACAGUACAAAACUCUUCAGAAAGCUUUGAAAGAGCCAGCCCGAGCAAGAUUGGAAAAAAUGAAAAAAGAAUACCGGACCUUAAGAACAUGGCGUGAAAAGGCUGAGUAUUUGGACCAGCUGAUUUUAAAAAGAGGACCAAAAUCAAAACCUUUCACAAAGCUCUCUCGCUUCAAAGAAAUUGUUGGGAAGAUUCACACCCCUGUUUCUCAAGAAGCCCCUAUCCCUCAAGAAUCAGCAUUUUACCCUCCUUCAGAACAAGAAGUUAAGGCAGUAAAACCAGUAUCUGAUUUUCAGAAAUUUCCAGGUAUUCCACCUGACUUAUCUAAUAUGCAUUUACAAAUUCCUGCACCUGUACCAUCCCGUGUGGGAAGUGACUCAGAAGAAUCGGAGAAAAGUGAAAUUUAUACACCUGUUGAACAAAUUGAACUUCCAGCACUGACAGUAGUAUCUAGCAGGCCCCAUUCAUCAGGAUCUUCAUCUGACAGAGAGAAUCUGGAACAGAUUACAAGACGACAAAUUUCUCAUGUGUCUGAAACAUCUCUAUCUAGUUCUGGAGGAAUCGUAGCCGAGUUUUCAGAGAGCGGUGAUUCUGAACCCCCUCCUUUUCUUGGUCCUAGAAGCAAAAUACGCCUUAAAGAAAGAUCUGUAGCAGAAGCACCUGCCUUAGACUAUUUACCAAAACCAAUAGAGGUAUUGCCUUCUAAGACUUCAAAGGAAUCAUUUUCUGUUUCUGAAAUUCCUGUGAGAAUCUCAGAUUCAGUUGUUGAACCAGAACAGCAAUGGCCAUGGAAAGAGGUUACGUUCCAAGAUGCAUUUUUUAGUAGAAACAAGUUUGAACCCUUCUUGAGACGUGUUUGUAAAGUACAACCACCAGAGCUUCGUAAAGGCACAAUAGACUAUUCUGUUCUUUUAGAAAAAGCAUACACAACUGUUGAUUUCAAAGAACAAGAAGACCAGGAUCCACCUCCAGGUCUGCCUUUGACAAAAUUAGAUAAUGGCUUAGAUCCCAAAUUAAUCAGAAGUGGUGAGCAAUUGUCAAUAUUAAGACUCCUUGAAAAAAAAAUUGAUUUGCAACAGGAAGAUAAAAAAAUUGCGGUGGAAACUGAAAGAGAAACAAAUCCAUCAAUUAUAACUUCUGAAUCAAAGCCACAAGGAGAUAAACUAUCAGAAGCAGAAAUAAAACAGGUGAAUGUUUACUUCAAAAACUCUCUUGAAACUUUUCUUGUUGAUAAAGUUGUAAAAGUGGUAGCACUUAAAUCACUUUUGAGCAAAAACAUUGAAAACCUAGUUGCAGAGAGAUUUUCAGGACCAGAGUUACCCCAAGAAUUAGAAGACAGCAGCCCAUUAGAUGACAGAGAAAAAUGUUCUCUGAAGGAAAUAACAACUAGUACUACAGAUGCAUUUUCAGAACCAGACAUUAGUGAACUGAAAGAUGUUGUAAGUCAACAUUUGCAGGCUCAACUUAUUGGAAAAUUGUCUGAAAAAGGGAUAAUUCCAGAUAUGGUGAUAGCAGAGACCCAGGUAUCUCUCCAGAGUUCUAGUGAUUUGCUCAGGAAAGCUUUAUCAAAAGAAGUAACUUCACAAACUGAAAUAAUAACCAUAAAACCAUUAAGUGAGAGUGAUAUAAGAGAACUUUCCAAAUCUGAAUCCUUAGAUAAUAAAGAAAGUCACAAAAGCAAGCCAGUAUCUACAGAAGCAGAUUUAUACGAAAGCAGAAAAGAUGAUUACGAGCCUAUUUUAUUUCCUCCUGAAAGCCAAACUAGUCCAGAGAACGAACCAAAAUUUGAUUUAAAAAACUUACCCUCAAAUACAUCAUUAGAAAUCAUUAGAGUAAAGUUACCGUUCAGCAUUGAAACAGCUAAUAUAAAAAAACAUGUUUCCCUCCAUGAUACCCUCCUUCAAAAGAUUUUAAAAGCAGAAAUAAAAAGUUUAAAAUCAUUUUUAAGCAAAAGUAUUCAGGACCACCUUAAGGAUAAACUUUCAGAAACUGGAUUAAGCAAAGAAGACCUGGAAACUGUGUGUCAGAAGUUGUCCUUGAACUUGAAGGAGAAAUCUAAUGAGGGCUUUGAUGACAGUGUGUUAAGCAAAAGUAUUCAAAAUCUUUUUGAGGCCCUUUCAGAGAAUGAAAUUUCCAAUUUAAAGUCUGCAUUGAACAGGAAAAUCCAAAACCAUCUCUUGGAAAGAAUUUCAGAAAUUGGACUGAUCACACAGGAAGAGUUAAAAAAAAUACUCGAAAUGGUAUUUCCAGUUGUAGCCAAAGAAACAGCACUCAGGGCAGAGAAAGGACCAGAUUUAGCUAAAGAAGAACAAAGUGUACAGCAAGUAUCUCAUAUAACUCAUGCUCUACAAGAUAGGUUUUCUGAAGAAGAAUUGCAAAAUUUAAGGUCUCUCUGCAGCAGACUCUUGAAAGAAGGCCAAAGAGAACAACUUUCGGAACUAGAAGUAAAAGGUUUAGCAUCUGUUUUGCAAAAAAGCUUUGAAGAGCUUCCUGCACCAAUCAGUCCCCAAACUAGCAAAGAAAUAGAUAAGGAUAUGGAUCAUGAUGCAUCUGUUUCAAGUAUUGAAAGCAUUUCAAAAGUUAGUGAUGUCAAUUUAUCCGACAAAGCAAAACAUCCUUCAUAUGAAAACCUUCCUCAUACAUCAACUGCAAGUGAAAAAAUUAAAAAGGAAAAUCUAGGUGGUCUUAUAAACAGUAUUUUUGAAGUACAAACAAAAAACCAAGAAACCCAAACAUCUGGUUGCAAAAAAGUGAAACACACUUGUAAAAAAGAACGUUACAGAUUGCCAGGUUACCCUGAUAAUCUAGAGAUAUCAGAUUUGAAGAGACGGUCCUAUGAAGAAAUAUCACAAAAUAAGCCUCAGAAAGAAUCAUUGAGGAAAAUAUCUGAACCAUUUGCCUUUUCCUCUUUUUUGAGUGCACAUGACAUUGGAGCCCAAACUGAAAUUAAAAAUUAUCUUUCCAAAUCUCCUAAUUAUCCUUCCAAGCCUCCCUUUCCAGUGAACCCUCAGACGUUUCUCUUUUUACACCCAGAGUCUGAGGAAGAAGCAAAGCCAACUUGCAAGUAUCAUCACAAAACCAAAACCAAGAAGACUGACAGAAAGAAGGAUGCUGCAUUACAUCACUCACAGCAAGGAGGGAUGAACCCUUCAGCCAAAAAGGAAAAAGCACAUCGCCGAUCAUCUAAGGAUGUUUUAAAAGAAAAACAUGGAAAAAAACAUGGUGAGUUGUCUUCUAAAAAAUCGAGCACGACAGAAACCAGGAAGGAUUCAAAAACUCUAUUAUCUGGGGGUGGUGUAAAAAAGGAAAGCAUGAAACUGAAGCCUGAGAAGAAACGUGAUAAUGACAUCAAGCAAAAAAAAUCAUUUAGCAAGACAGCUGCCUUAUCUGAUUCACAACUAGCAAAAACUGUUCAAGAAAAAUCUACAAUUAAAUUUCCUACUACUGGACAUACAAAAGCAAAUUCAUUGAAUUCCAUUGCCAUUGAAGAUUUAGAUUUGGAAGCUUAUAAGCAUCUUGAAAAAGCAAUUGAAAGAGCACUUGUUGAUUUACAAGGUGUUGAAGAAGGGAGCUGCAGCCAAGCAAGAUCAAAUUCUGCUCCAAAUGUUGCUGGUCUCGUGUCUAAAGAUGCACCUCGACCGUUUCCUUCUGCACUGGAGACUCCAAGAAAUCAAGCAGGCAUGAUAUUUGACAUGCUCAACAACCAGGAUCAAAUCUUAAAAAUGACACCUGAGCAGUUGGAAGUUGUUCUUAAGAUUCUCCACAAAAUAUUGAGACAGAACUCCAAACCCCCAAAUAAUGGAUGAAUCUUAGCCUUCUGAUCCUCAACCAUCUAUGAGUGUGCUUUUGGGUUAUUAUUUUCCCCUGGUCAUAAUAAAAAAUAAAAUGCUCUUAGUACAUUUUAGUUCAGAAAGCUUGAAAACUUAUUUGAAUUAUUACUAAAGCAACCUUAUGUUUUUAUUCCUUUUUUUUAAUAAAAAGGCCAUUCUCCUUUUUAUCCCAGCCUGAUGCCUUUGAAACUUAUUGAACUACAAUACUCAUACUGAUCAAUGACUGGACUGAAACAUGAUUUCUUGCUCUGCUGAAUGCAGCUGAA